UACUUAUCGAUAUAUCGUUUCGCCUUUAGUCUUACACAACACUUGCAAAGAGCCAUUCAUUUAUUGUACGGGCGUAAUUAGAAAGCAAUAAUUAAGCGUAAUUUUUACGUGUAACCAACAACAAAACACCUCACAAUUACAAGUGCAGCAAGUACAAGUGCAAAACGGCGCGCGUCCAUUUACUAUUGCAACUUAAAGUGUUCAAACUACGUCGCCAUUUUUGCGAUAGGGCUCGAAACGAAUCGACACACACACAAAAGAAAACCAGAGUCAGUCAGAGCUGAAAAAAGAAAAAAAACUGUGCGUGCUUGCGUGUGUUUGUUUGUGUUUGCUGUGUGUGGUUACGUCUAUGAAUUUUUUAUACAUACCUACACCCAAACCAAACCAACAAAUGAGUACCGACCCGCAGUAGUAGCGCCAGUUCAAGUAAAUUAAUCCGACAUUAGCCUAGUGUGUAAUAAUAAUCGAAAACCACUGAUUACCAACCACCGCCAUAUUACACAGCAGUAUAGCCAGCCAACAGUUAUCGACGUGGACGAUACGAUAACGCCAAAAGCGGAGAAAUAGAGAGGCGAAAGAGAAGUUCAAGGAGUACUACUGCAUCAUCUUUAACGAGAUUCCGGCACAAAGCGGAAGCACAACUGUGAUUUAAUCAUACAGAAGCAACCGAAUACGACAGAAUAUAUACAAAAUGGCCAAAACGUACGACUACCUGUUCAAAUUGUUGCUUAUAGGCGACUCUGGUGUUGGCAAAACCUGCAUAUUGUUUCGUUUCUCAGAGGAUGCUUUCAACACGACAUUUAUAUCUACAAUAGGUAUCGAUUUUAAAAUUAGAACAAUUGAAUUGGAUAACAAGAAAAUCAAAUUGCAAAUAUGGGACACUGCUGGUCAGGAGCGUUUCCGGACGAUCACCACGGCAUAUUACAGAGGUGCCAUGGGCAUUAUGCUGGUGUAUGACAUAACGCAGGAGAAAUCAUUUGAAAACAUUAAGAAUUGGAUUCGAAAUAUUGAAGAGAAUGCCGCGGCUGAUGUUGAGAAAAUGCUGCUGGGCAACAAAUGCGAACUAAACGAUAAGAGACAGGUUUCAAAGGAACGCGGGGAACAAUUGGCUGUCGAAUAUGGUAUUAAGUUCAUGGAGACCUCCGCGAAAGCCAGCAUCAAUGUUGAAGAGGCCUUCCUCACGCUCGCCAGCGAUAUCAAAGCGAAAACGGAAAAGCGUAUGGAGGCGAAUAAUCCACCCAAGGGCGGUCAUCAGCUGAAACUUACCGAGAUUCGAACAAAGGACAGUUGGCUGUCCAGAUGCAGUCUGCUUUGACGUGGCAAUGUGCGUGUGGCACUGAUGCGGCAUGGUGGUAAUAAUAAUUCUGAUAAUGUAUGUGGUAGUAGUUUUCUUAACUCCUGUUAAGUUCCAACAAACUAAGAGAGCAAACAACUCCCCUGAAUAUGCGAGUUCAUGAAUUAAUAAUACAAAAUAAUAAUAAUAAUAAUAACAGUACAGCAAUUAUUUUGGAUUUGCAUUCGAGACACAAGACGACCACAAGGUGUACGAAAUAUGCAUAUACAUAUAUAUUUAUAAACAAUAUUCAUUUAAUGUUUAAACAAAAGUAACAUACAACAGAAUUGUGAGUAGCGUAAACUGAAAAUCAAACCAAACAAUACAGCCCGCCCCGCCCUGCCCGCCCCGCCCUGCGCUCCAGUCCGUUAUAGAGUUCUUCAUUUGUAAUGUAUUAUUUAUAAAUUUGCUGUAGCACGAAAAAUACCAGCUAUGGUUGUUCACAAUUUAUGAAAACAAAAAAAAAUGACAAAUCAAUAAAUUAGAAUCUUAAUUAUAUACAUGCGUAUAACAAUUACAUUAUUUGGUUUGCCCUUCACGUAUAAUCAUUUAUGAAUUUGUAAUUUAAUCUAUAUUUCAUUUGACCAUGAAACCCGUACGAGGCCUGUCAGCCAGCCCCCCCUUUAUUCAGUUCGAUACGAAAUCUAGAUUCGAGACGCACAAGUCAAUAUCGGUUCACUUAGUUAUCGCAAGUUCUAAUUAGUAGUUGCGGGUGCUUUAUAACAUAACAAACAUACCACUGGGCGUUUUCAAUAAACAAACCGUUGAUAUCUAAUGAGCUACUUGAAGAUAAUUAAAAUUUGCGUGAGUAGAGCAAAGUAUGAUAGAUGGAUGAUAUACGCAUAUGCAAUACGAAUAACAACAGCAACACAAUGCAGAGCAGUAAAAUACAUAUUGUGAAAUUAAUUGAUAACUAAAUCUAAAUGCAUAUUUGAUAUUAAUUAAUUAAUUAUGUAUGUACUUGUAAAAUUAAUUAUUAAACAUAUACAAUUUUAUAAAAUAAACCAUGUGUAAAAACG